AUGUCCUCCACUCAAUCACUCCCGAUCUCAGAUCCUCCGUCGUCCACCACCGGCAAUGCCGCCUGGUCGUCGACAAUCUCCGCAACUCCUGCCUUACGCGCUUUCCUAGCUCGCCUCACCGAGUCUACAAGACGCGCCUUCGCUCGCCGUCGCCCUUGGUACGAGCUAAUCGACCGGACCGCCUUCUCCAAACCAGAUUCGCUCACCGACGCCACAUCCCGCAUCCGCAAGAACUUCAACUACUUUCGCGUCAACUAUCUAACGUUACUCUCCGGCGUGCUCGCGUUCUCUCUUCUUUCCCAUCCGUUCUCUCUACUCACGAUCGUAUCUCUCCUCUGCGCCUGGCUCUUCCUUUAUCUCUUCCGUCCUGCCGAUCAACCGGUUGUUAUCAAUGGCCGCACUUUCUCCGACAAAGAAAUUCUAGGCAUCUUAGUUGUUCUCACGGUGUUCGUUGUCUUUCUCACGAGCGUCGGUUCACUGCUCAUGUCGGCUUCGUUGAUAGGGCUAGGGAUCAUCUGCGUCCACGGCGCGUUUAGGGAUCCAGAAGAUCUAUUUCUUGACGAUCAAGAAAUCCCUGGAACCGGACUGUUUUUCUCGUUCACCGGAGCUGCAACUUCCGCCGCCGUAGCCGAUGUGAUGGCGCGUGUUUGA